AUGGAGGAUCUGCUUGAUGACACUACGGUUAGAAGAGACGUCUUUCUAGCGGCUGAAUUUUUGAAGUUUUUUUCCCCCUUCCGUUCUCCCUUCGAGAAUAUAACUAGCGAUGGCAGAAGGGCAGAGACAGGACGCGAGAGAGACAGCGAGAGAGAAGAGAAGAGAGAGAGAGAUGGAAGCGAAUCCGUAUUCAAAUAUGCUGCUGGCCUGAGGUUCCAGCCCCCAAAACCAAGGGCAAGAGAAGAGAAGAGAAGAGCGAGGGCUGAAGCGGGAAGAGAACGCUGGCAAAACGAAGCGAGGGAGAGUGUUCUGAGCAAGGACAGCACUCACAUUAUUAUUAUUAUGAACUGCAGCGCGAUAUUAGUAGCUGACCCGGCGAUGCGAGGAGCGAGGGUUCUGCCUAAGACCGGACAAAAGGGGAUGGUGGUUCGUGGCAAAGGGCAGAGAACAACACCCGGCGAAAAAACGAACAAAGGAGCCCCUGGGAGCAGGCGGCCAGAACGGCGUCGACGGCGAGGGGGCAGAGAGAGAGAGAGAGAGAGAGAGAGCGAUGAACGCGAUGCGACAGACGACGGUCGGCCCGUUUUCUUCGAGAGACGGACGGCUGGCUGGUCGAGGUCGCUGUCGAGGGCGGCGAUGGGCGGUCGUUGCUGGGUUGGCUCGACGUGGAGUCUUCUGGUCAAGGUCGAAGGUCGAAGGCGAGGAGAAAAAGAGGAAGAAGCGGAAAAAGCGACGAAGAAAAGAAAGCGAGCGGAACGCCGUAAUUUUGCCCUUGCGCGGUGA